UAAAAGAGUUUCCUUUAUGGGGUAUUAUAUACUAUCUAAUGUGGUACGCUACGUACGGCUUUUAAGUCAAUGCGUCCGUCCGUAAGUAAGAAAACAAACUGUACAUCGUGCAUAAACAGUAGGACUCCAGUAUGUAUGAGUGUUGUGUUUGAGGGGUGUGUAUGUGUUGUGUUGUAGGUCAACCAAUGGAAAAGCAAGGAGAUGAUGAUGAAUGGUUAUAGAGGCAGGGCACCAUCCCACCUUGAAUUGUCGCAUCGCAUCGCAUCCACACCAAAUUUCACUGACUACUGAUCGAUCAACUUUCCUUUUCUCCUCUUUCUUUCUUCACUAAUCAAUCAACUUAAUUUGCUCUGUCAAUGUGCAUCAUGUAGCUAGCUAGCUAUUCAGAUUCAGAGUGAUGAAGUAGUAUAUAUUUAUGUCGCCGGUGCGGUGCCGCGUCGUCCACUGGCUUGCUCUACUCUAUUAUUCCCUUUGCAUUGCAUUGAUCGAGUAGGAGUAGUAUGCCCAUGGCCAUCGAGUCAUGGCUCACCAAGGUCCGCUCCGCCAUCAUCUCUUCCAAACCCAGCCCCUCGUCGUCGUCGUCGUCGUCUUGGAGGUCGAAGACGGUCGGUAUCCUGGCCUUGGAGGUGGCCACCCUCAUGUCCAAACUUGUCCACCUCUGGCGAUCCCUCGCCGACGCCGCCCUCGCCCGCCUCCGCCACCACCUCAUCAACCUUGACGGCGUCCGCAAGCUCGUCUCCCACCACGACGCCGCCCUCCUCGCCCUCGCCUGCGCUGAGCUCACCGACGCCCUACGUGUCGCCGCCCACUCCGUCGCCGCGCUCGCCACCCGCUGCGCGGAUCCCUUCCUCCGCGACUUCGCCGACGCCUUCGCGGACUUCGCCGACACUGGCCGCGACCCUCACCGGUGGGUGUCCACAUGGAAGGACAUGGACACCAGGGCGCACAAGAUGGACAAGCAAGUCGCCGCCACCUCCGCCCUCCGGACUGCCAUGGAGGACCUGGCCGACGCCGAGCACGGACUCCGGAAGCUCCUCCAGACCAGCAGCAGUCGUCGCCUCUCCGCCACCAACAUCUCGCUGGCGGCGGAGCAGCAGCAGCUCAUUUUCGCCAAGAAGCAGGAGGUGAAGCACCUCAAGCAAACCUCCCUCUGGUCCUCCACCUUCGACGCCGUCGUCUCCUCGCUCGCGCGGGCCGCGUUCACCAUCCUCGCGCGCAUCAAGCUCGUCUUCGGCGCCGCCCACGAUCACCGCCCGACGACGACACCGCUGCACCGGAGCCUCACCCUCUCCUCCGCCGUCCACCCGUCCUCCGUCGACGUGCAAGUGCAACCGCCGGUGUCGCGCAAGUCCAUGUCCAUGGAUAUGGGCAUGGGGGAGGCGCUGUACUUGGAGAGGCAGAGGCAGAGCGGGCUGUUGGAGCGCAGCGCGGCGGCGCUGGUGCCGCCGCCGGGGACGCUGGGCGCGGCCGCGUUGGCGCCGCGCUACGCCUGGGUGAUAAUCUCGAUCGAGAGGAUGGCGCGGUCGCCGCGGCUGGUGGGGGCGGAGGAGCGGGACGAGCUGUACGGCAUGCUGACGGCGAGCGUGCGCGCGCAGCUUCGAGCGAGGCUGAGUGGGACGGUGGCGGCGGCGGAGCCGGGGCUGGCGGGGCAGUGGCGGGCGGCGGUGGGAGGGAUCCUGGAGUGGCUGGCCCCGAUGGCGCACGCGACGGUGCGGUGGCAGGCGGAGCGAAGCUUGGAGCAGCAGAGGAAGACGACGAGGGAGAUGGAGACUCAGACGCUGGUGGUGCAGACGCUGCAAAUGGCGGAGCGCGGGAAGGUGGAGGCGGCGGUGGCGGAGCUGCUGGUGGGCCUCAACUACCUCUGCCGCUUUCACAAGGAGAUCACCACCUGCCGUACCCGUACGUGCCACCACGACGAUGCACCAUGACAACGUGCAUGCUGCUUCAAGACGACGAUGUACGAUUGCCAAUGGAACAGUAUGCAUCCAUCCAUCCACACCGAUCGUCUGAUCCAUGCUCUCAUCUUCUCUUCUUUAGUUUUUCUUUUGUUUUUUUGGGAUGGAUCCCAAUUCCCAAGUACCCAAUUGGCUAAUGGAGUAGGAGAUGCAUGGGCUGGCAUCUGGGUGAUCUCCAGUACUAGUUAAGUCGAUUGAUGAGAAUGGAGUUUUCUGAUAAUUGGAGCAGGAUGGAAUCUUGCUUCAUUAUAUUCAUGUACAGAUAGCAAACCACCAGCGGUGAGUGAUUACAUUAAUUAACCCCCUCUCUAGUUAUACCACUA